CGAAUGGAUAUUGAUUUCAAUUUUGCUAUUCGGUUUGAGACGAGUCGAUUGAACCGUUCGGCUUGCCGUAGAUUUGUAUUGGUAUCCUAGCAACCCAAAUGCACCACGAACGAAAGGCAGGGUAAGAUUUUGGUUCUGGACAUUUUUUUUAAUCAAAAAAUACUUAGGUCAAAUAGCAACACAUACUGGUAAACGUUACCCCCUGUUACUUUUUCAUGGUAACUUUAGAAUUUAGUUUACGUGAAGUAACUAUUAGCUAGAGGCCACGGAUGUCUGUGUAGCGUGCAAGGGAAGAUGGACGGUCCUCGCGUCUACGUGGAAAGAACUUUGGCCCUUAUAAAACCAGAUGCCGUUUACAAAUCUGAGGAGAUUGAGGACAUUAUCCUCAAAUCGGGCUUCAUUAUCCUGCAGAAGAGGAAGCUGCAGCUCAGUCCAGAGCAGUGCAGUGACUUCUACGCAGACCAAUAUGGAAAGCUCUUCUUUCCCAGCUUGACUGCCUUCAUGAGCUCUGGUCCGAUCAUUGCCAUUACUCUGGCCCGCCACAAUGCCAUCGCCCACUGGAAGUCCAUCUUAGGGCCUGUCAACAGCACCAAGGCCAGAGAAACUCAUCCAGGGUGCCUCAGAGCAAUAUAUGGCACUUCUGACCUCAAAAAUGCUCUCCAUGGCAGCGAGUCAUUUCAUGCAGCAGAAAGAGAGAUCAAAUUCAUGUUCCAAAAUUCUGUGAUCGAGCCUUUUUCUUCAAAAGAAGCCACGGAAGAAUACCUGAGCAGGCAUGUAAACCCAACUCUGCUAAAUGGACUCACUGAACUCUGCAAGCACAAGCCAAACAGCCCAUGUAUUUGGCUUGCUGACUGGCUGAUAAACAACAACCCAAACAAUCCUCAAAUAUGUGAUGGAUCUUUUGUGGAAGAAGCCGAAUGAGAGUAAAAAAAGGGACACAUACAUCAUUUCAAACUGUUCAUUUUCAUAAAAUGCAUUAUCCGCACUGAUCAAUUGGUAUUUGUCCUUCUGUAAAGUUGUUUUUGUCCUUUAACACUUUUUUUAGUGUGUGACUUUAUUCAAAACCUGAAGUCAGCAGGAGGAGAUAAUAACACUAAGAACUGUCCUCAUAAUUCAAUAAAUCAAAUAUCUCA